CGUCGGUUUGGGAAACGAAACUAAUUGUGGAAGAGAUUUACUCAGUGUUGUCAGUGUUGUCAGUACCCAAAAUCGAAAUCGCCUGUACAUUCUCGAGAAGGUUUCUGUGUUGAUGUUAUUAUCCUUCCACUUGAUCAGAGAGUGAGGAGAGAGAGGAGAGAAUGAGAGGAGAAAGAGACAGAUUCCCCAUCGCCGGAAUCAAAGCUGUUCCUUGAGCGCUCGUCACGACAGGAGGACGUCCCGCGGCAAGACCCUGACAGCCGCGUUGGGAGAGGGGUGUGCGUGAGCCCCAGACGCGGAGCCCAGCCAGCCUGAAACCAUGGGGUGCUGCGGCAGCAAGGAUUCCGACAACGAUGAUGUUCCGGACAGAGUUGUGGUGAACCAGGGGGUCCACAGACAAGCCGUUGUCCCGAGAAACAGCGGAGUUCAGACCCGUCAGGUGGCCUCGAGAAGUGGCUUUGGCCCGAGAAUCGGAGAGGUGAAGGUGAAGAAGGUGCGGUCCGCAGUUGCCGCUGCCUCUGCCUCUGCCACUGUACCAAAACCCGGAAGAGUUCAGGCGCACGAUGUGGCACCUCCAACUGCCUUUGCCAAGAUAUUCUCUGCGUUCGUGGAUAGAGAGUUACCUCAGGAUGAGCUGGACGGGCGUGGAGGUCGUCACUGGGAGGAGAACCAGUUCUUCCAAAUCUUCUUCUCGGCGAUGGACAAUAAAGCCGGCUUCAAGGGGAUCCUGAGGCGCUGGGAGAAGGCGUUGCAAGAGACCGUGGAUUCGGGGGAAAACGUGAAAUGGCCCAAGAUCUGGCUGAAAAAGGGCGGCUACAUCACCACCUUGCAGCGGAUCCAGGGCCUGAUCCAGAGAGGAGACAAGAGUUUGCCUAUGGCCAAGCUCAGAGAGUGGGCCACGAAGGUGGUGAACCGCAGGAAGCAGGAGUACCAGAAGGCUCAGGGCCGGCACAAAGCCGACUCCAACCACCUCAAGGCUUUGGAGACUUGGAAACAGCUGGACAGAGCACUGCAGGCCCAGGGGUAAGGGAAGUCACAUAGGCUGAUCCCCUCCCCCCAUCUCACCCACUGUCCAGAGGGCCUGUUGGUGAUGAUUGUUUUAUGGUACAUUAUGUGGUUUUAGCUGGUUUAGAGUCCAACUAUUAUCCUUAUCGCAGGAUUAUCCAAUAUGUUAGCCACGAACCACAUGUGGCGAAUUGGGAAUCCAGAUGCGAAUGAAAUUCCAUUUUGCUUUGACAGUAAAAGUGUAAUUCACACUAUCAGUUGGGCAUGUGAUCUCAAUCCGCGUAAUCCCAUGUGAACUUUAAGCUGUGUAUUUGUUAAUAAAAUGUUAGUACGAAAA